CAGGCGCUGGGCUGAGCGCGGCACCGCGGCUCCCCGGGCCCGGGCAGAGGACGCCCUUGAAGCAUCCCUGCGACACCAUGAACCCCAGCACAGGCCCCUGGGGCCGCUGCCUGCUCGUCCUGCUCUGCCUCCUGCCCUGCCCGCGGGUCUGGGCGGGCAGAGACGCCGCCGUGGGCCCGGUGCUCUCCGCAGCCUCCUUCCUUCAGGACCUCCUGCAGCGGUACAGCGAGAGCGAGAGCCUGAGCCUGAAGCAGCUGAAGGCCCUGCUGAACCGCCUGGACGUGGGAGUGGGGCACACCAACGUGUCCCAGCCCCCGCAGCAGCAGGUGAACCUCUCCCGGUGCUUCAGCUCCAUGGAGCUUUUCGCCAUCCACAACCUGAGCGAGGGCUCUGCCGUGGGGCACAGCGAGUUCAAGGAGUUUUGCCCCACCAUCCUGCAGCAGCUGGAAUCGGGGGCUUGUGCCUCUGAGAAGCUGGAAAACGAGGAAAACGAGCAGACGGAGGAGAGCAGACCCAGCUCAGCCGAAAUCUGGGGUUACGGUUUCCUCUGCGUCACCGUCAUCUCCCUCUGCUCGCUGGUGGGAGCCAGUGUCGUACCCUUCAUGAAGAAGACCUUUUACAAGCGACUGCUCCUCUACUUCAUAGCUCUGGCGAUUGGAACUCUCUACUCCAACGCCCUCUUCCAGCUCAUUCCCGAGGCCUUUGGGUUCAACCCCCAGGAAGAUUAUUACGUUUCCAAGUCCGCUGUUGUGUUUGGGGGCUUCUACCUCUUCUUCUUCACAGAGAAGGUCCUGAAGAUGCUGCUGAAGCAGAAGGACCAGCAUCAUCACGGGCACAGCCACUAUGGCCCCGAGGCUCUGCCCUCCAAGAAGGACCAGGAGGAGGGGAUCACUGAGAAGCUGCAGAAUGGGGACCUGGACCACAUGAUCCCACACAUCACCGGCGAGAUGGAGUGCAAGACUCCCUCUGGGGAUGAGAAGGUGGUGGUGGGCUCCCUCUCUGUCCAGGACCUGCAGGCCUCGCAGAGCGCGUGUUACUGGCUGAAGGAGGUGAGGUACUCGGACAUCGGCACGCUGGCGUGGAUGAUCACCCUCAGCGACGGCCUCCACAACUUCAUCGACGGCCUGGCCAUCGGCGCCUCCUUCACCGUCUCUGUCUUCCAAGGGAUCAGCACCUCGGUGGCCAUCCUCUGCGAGGAGUUCCCACACGAGCUGGGGGACUUUGUCAUCCUGCUCAACGCCGGGAUGACCAUCCGCCAAGCGCUCUUCUUCAACUUCAUCUCUGCCUGCUGCUGUUACCUGGGCUUGGCCUUUGGCAUCGUGGCAGGGAGCCACUUCUCUGCCAACUGGAUCUUCGCCCUGGCUGGGGGGAUGUUCCUGUACAUAGCACUGGCUGACAUGUUCCCUGAAAUGAACGAGGUGAGCCGGGAGGACGAGCAGAACGGCAGUGCCCUCAUCACCUUCGCCAUCCAGAACGCGGGGCUGCUGACGGGCUUCACCAUCAUGGUGCUGCUCACCAUGUACUCUGGCCAGAUCCAGAUCGGGUAGGACCAGCCCAACCUGCAGCCCUGGCCCAGUUUUCACAUUGUU